UAGUAAAUCAGAAAUGCAUAGAGGUUCACAGCAUGACAUAAGCAACGCCAUUAUGUUUAACUAAACUCAAGGAUCUGCUCUGCUAGAAGGAUGCUUACUACUGUGUAUUCUAUCUAGUGGUCUUCCAUCCCCCAUAGGUUACUGCGACCGUCUGUGGAAUGUACUGAAGCUGAUAUGUAGAAGGGGUUGAUAUGACUAGGAAGAUGUUGGCAGUCUGCCUGCGUACGUGUUUAGAGUUUGUUUUCUGGCCUGGGUUAGGCACCUUGGCAUCAUAUGUUGUUUUCUUGUGAGGAUGACUUUUGCAUUUGUCAUGUAUAAAGAUAUGGAUGUUUGAAUAUUCCUUUGUCUUGCUUUGAGCGAAAGCCAAAGUAACACCUCUGUUCUUAAGGCAGAAUAAAACCUUUGAUCUUGUUAUCUCAUCUGGGCUGAUGAUUAUUGGGCUCCAUCUGCCCAGGAACGAACCUCCUUGUUGGGGACAAGGUUACCCUGAUACAGCAAGUGGUGCCGUGGCUGGGAUAUGGGGUGCAAUCAGGGACCCCACUGGGCGGUGCGUCCCCUCCGGGGCUCUUGCUGGGUGAAAAGGGCAUGCUGGCUACCGGGCAGUUUCCCGGGUCCUUUUUCACGAGCAGAGCAGCCCCCGAGUGGCCACCACAAGUGAGGAGUCCAGAGAGGAGUCCAGAGAGUCCAGAGAUCACUGGUUGAGAAGCGCGCAAGGGUUAAAGUCCCAAGGAACGGAUCUGAGGACUGCAAAGCAGAAGAAAGAAAGAAAGAAAGAAAGAAAGAAAGAAAGAAAGAAAGAAAGAAAGAAAGAAAGAAAGAAAGAAAGAAAGGGCGGAGGUCAGGAACCAUUGAGUAGAGGGCCUUCCUCCACCCAGCCCAGGACAUUCCCCAACACUUGCUGGCUUGCCAUGAUGCUCUGCUCUAGAUGAGCUUCCGUGGACUGGAUCACCAGCCCUCCUCACACGAUGAAAUCUAAGAUUUCUUCCUCCAGCGAAAUGAAGCCAGCUCUGCCAAUUAAUCUAAUAGCAGCAGUCCUGCACGUGGCCGUGUCCAAAGUCAACCAGCUGGACCCAGGGACGCAGGGAUAUUCUUAUUGAGCUUUUUUUCUCCUGCGCCACAAACUCCAGCUGCUUCCACUCCCGGGAUACUUGUCCCAUUUGAGACCACUGCAGAAUCUUUUCUAUAAAGAGAACAUUGAGGUGCUCAGAGGAUGAUAAGGGAUUUGCUGGAGGAGGCCCCCUCUGUCUGGAACUUAAUCAGCAUCUUGAAGGUCAUCUUCAGCUGGACCCAGCUUUUGUCCGCCAUAAUUGAAGAUGUUAAAGACGUCAGGUCGCUGGGUGGUCAGCUCCUGUCCUAUGAUAAGGACGAGGCCAUGGAGGCCAUACUGGAAAUUAUGGAGGACAUCAAGAAGCAUCCAGACCCUGGGUUUCUCCUGAUCCUCACCAUGGACACUGUUACGGAACUCAGCAAAAUGAAGCCAGCUCUGCCGUUCAAUGUGAAAGCAGCCGUCCUGCACAUGGCGGUGUCCGGGGUGGAAUCAACUGGACCCAGGGACCCAGAUCUGAGGACUGCAAAGCAGAAGAAAGAAAGAAAGAAAGAAAGAAAGAAAGAAAGAAAGAAAGAAAGAAAGAAAGAAAGAAAGAAAGAAAGAAAGAAAGGGCGGAGAAAGAGAACAUUGAGGUGCUCAGAGGAUGAUAAGGGAUUUGCUGGAGGAGGCCCCCUCUGUCUGGAACUUAAUCAGCAUCUUGAAGGUCUGACAACUGUCACGGAGGAAAUGGACAGGGCUGAGGUCAUCUUCAGCUGGACCCAGCUUUUGUCCGCCAUAAUUGAAGAUGUUAAAGACGUCAGGUCGCUGGGUGGUCAACUCCUGUCCUAUGAUAAGGACGAGGCCAUGGAGGCCAUACUGGAAAUUAUGGAGGACAUCAAGAAGCAUCCAGACCCUGGGUUUCUCCUGAUCCUCACCAUGGACACUGUUACGGAACUCAGCAAAAUGAAGCCAGCUCUGCCGUUCAAUGUAAAAGCAGCUGUCCUGCACAUGGCGGUGUCUGGGGUGGAAUCAACUGGACCCAGGGACCCAGAUCUGAGGACUGCAAAGCAGAAGAAAGAAAGAAAGAAAGAAAGAAAGAAAGAAAGAAAGAAAGAAAGAAAGAAAGAAAGAAAGAAAGAAAGAAAGAAAGAAAGGAAGAAAGAAAGAAAGGAAGGAAGGAAGGAAGGGCGGAGAAAGAGAACAUUGAGGUGCUCAGAGGAUGAUAAGGGAUUUGCUGGAGGAGGCCCCCUCUGUCUGGAACUUAAUCAGCAUCUUGAAGGUCUGACAACUGUCACGGAGGAAAUGGACAGGGCUGAGGUCAUCUUCAGCUGGACCCAGCUUUUGUCCGCCAUAAUUGAAGAUGUUAAAGACGUCAGGUCGCUGGGUGGUCAGCUCCUGUCCUAUGAUAAGGACGAGGCCAUGGAGGCCAUACUGGAAAUUAUGGAGGACAUCAAGAAGCAUCCAGACCCUGGGUUUCUCCUGAUCCUCACCAUGGACACUGUUACGGAACUCAGCAAAAUGAAGCCAGCUCUGCCGUUCAAUGUGAAAGCAGCCGUCCUGCACAUGGCGGUGUCCGGGGUGGAAUCAACUGGACCCAGGGACCCAGGUAAAUUCUUCUUGGGCUUUUUUCUCUUGCGAAGAAAACGUGAUACCGCUGUCAUUGUGAGUGAUUUUUCAAUGUUGUAUUCUCAAGACCGGUUGUGUCUCCUACUCAUGACUGAUCUUCUCUUUCCCCCAUUGAAGGAGAAAAUGGCAUCCUUCAAGAAGAUGCUUCUGUCUUCAUCCUCUCCAACAUCCAAACAUGGCCUGACAGAAAGAGGCAGCAGACCCCAUUCUCUCAGUUUAUUGAAGAUAUGUCUAGGUCACUUCCCUAUUAGAAGCCAACUGGCUGAGAAGACAGAGAAAACAUCACUCCCAUAAGCAACCUUCAGAAAUAUUGAAGAUCUUGUCAACUUUAUUGGGGGGUGUGUGUGUUUAUAUGGAAUUAGAUCAUCCUUCAAUUCCUUUGGGCCGGCAACCAAGGGAUCUUCCUGUAGUGGGACAAAUUCCUUCCGGUCUUAGCUCUCAGUAGCAUGGCAAGGGAUGAUUUAGGCCAGUGCGAUGACUCUGAGCUGCUGUUUCAACCCACAGGAGCUCCACAGGUACAUCAACUCGGAGAAGCCCCGGCUGCAGACUCUCGGCCAAGAGGCCUACAUUGAUGCUCUGGCUCACGUGGCCAGACUGCCCAAUGUGGAAGUAAAUACCCUGCUGUGGACAUGGCUUCAGCAUCCUCUGCUUCAUCUUCUGCUUCAGCAUCCUCUGUGGGACCCCUUGUCAGGUUCCAGGUUCACAAGAAGACCUCCCAGUGGUCACUGGUCACACGGGGGCCGCCGGGCAGCAUACUUGCUGGAGAGAGGCUGUUUCCACUGGGGCUCACCGAAUGCCCCUGGGGACAGCAGCAGGGGCAGGAGGAAUGGAAGAGAGCUGGGUCCCCCCAGUGUCUCUUCCAGCUGCCCAGUGCCCAGAAGAGCCACGCUACAUCUUUGUGAAUCCUCAACUUUGUAUCCAACUGGAUCAUUUUCAAUUCUUAGCUGUUUUGGAUAUGGUGUCACAUUGUCAUGAAAAUUACCAUUUCCAUCUCUAUUUCUGCAGCUGGCCACAUGGAAGGUUUUGUUUCGCAAGGAAGAAGAGUUGGUUCAUCAUGACAUCCAGAGCACCAUCAAAGAUGGCCUUGUCUUCGAGGACUUCCAUGAAAAGGAAGUCUGAUCGCCCAUUUGCUUCCUUUUCUUUUUAAUGCUCCUAAAGCUAGGAGAAUAGCUGCCUGGAAGUAUUAUAUGUUUUUAAGAAUCAUACAUAUCAUACAUAUUACAUAACUGAUUUUAACAAUGACUUUGAAAUGGUUCUGUAUUGUAUUUUGUAUUUCCUUCACCCCUCCCCCCCCCUUUUGGACCUGUUAUGAUUUAAUUUUUUUUGUUUUAUCUUAAUAAAUACAGUUUUUUGUUCUUA